CUGAGCAGGGAGAGAGAAUUGGGCGGGCCAUUGUCAUCAAAGUCUGGGGCCAUGGCCCUUUUUUCCAGGGGUCCAGCUCGCCCCCUGGCGAUUGAUGAUUAGUCUGGAAAGGAAAAUCAUCCUAAACAAGCCCUCUCCACUGCCUCUCCUUUCUCCCUUCCGCUGGCGCGCCUUGCUCUGCAUCUCCUCGCCUUCGAUCUCUCUCUACCGGCGGGCCUCCUCGCUGUCGCUGCUGCCGAGGCUGUUUGUUGCCCAUCCAGUAGAUUGUGAAUUGCUGUAGACAAGAGGCACAUUGGCCACAAUGGCUCUAACACUCCUACGAGGGAUCAGAACACAAACCUUAUUUGGAGCAAAUGCAGGCCUGUUCUGUACCACUCGACGUCAUCCGCUAGCCCACUUCACAACUAGGGUGGAGAGCGUGCAGACUAGUGAGCCCAAAUCAGUGCGCAAAUCAAUUCAACAGGCCACCAAGGAGGCGGCGGAGCACAAGACACAAGGUUUUGAAGCGGUGAUCGGCAUUGAGACCCAUGUCCAGCUCUCGACCAUCACAAAGGCAUUUUGCUCCUGCCCCUACGACUAUGGCUCCCAGCCAAACAGCACCGUUUGCCCCACCUGCAUGGGCCACCCCGGGACAUUGCCGGUUCUGAACGCAAAGGUUGUUGAAUGUGCUGUCAAGCUAGGCCUCGCUCUCAACUGUGAGAUUUCCAUGACAUCCAAGUUUGACCGAAAGCAGUACUUCUACCCAGACCUGCCCAAGGGAUACCAGAUUUCGCAGUUUGACAUUCCGAUUGCUGAGAAGGGUUACCUUGAUUUGGAUAUUCCAAUGGAGUUUGGUGGUGGUCACAGGCGAUUUGGGGUCACGCGGGUUCAUAUGGAAGAAGAUGCUGGCAAGCUGCUUCACUCUGAAUCCGGGAGUUUUUCUCAGGUUGACCUAAAUAGAGCCGGCGUCCCUUUGCUAGAGAUUGUCUCAGAACCAGAUAUGAGGACAGGCAUAGAGGCUGCUGAGUAUGGUGCUGAGAUACAAAGGGUUGUUAGAUACCUGGGAGUGGGCAAUGGCAACAUGCAGGAAGGUUCCCUCCGCUGUGAUGUCAAUGUAUCUGUCCGGCCUAUUGGACAAUCAGAAUUCGGUACAAAGGUUGAAAUAAAGAAUAUGAACUCAUUUUCUGAAAUAAGUAGGGCAAUAGAUUAUGAGAUAUCCCGACAGAUUCUUCUUCACAAAGAAAGCCAGGCUGACAAAAUUGUACAGGAAACCCGUCUAUGGGAUGAAUCUUCUCAGAAAACUUUUACAAUGCGGAAAAAGGAGGGACUUGCCGACUACAGAUAUUUUCCUGAGCCUGAUCUUCCUGAAGUUGUUCUGACUAGUGAUUACAUUGAUGAAAUUCGUAAUUCAAUGCCGGAGCUUCCAGAGGCAAAGCGUAGGCGUUAUGAGAACAUGGGGCUCAGCAUGCAAGAUGUUAUUUUCCUUGCUAAUGACGAUAUUGUUGCUCAUUUCUUCGAUUCUACACUUGAGCGUGGUGCUGAUGCAAAGCUGGCUGCUAAUUGGAUCAUGGGUGACAUUACGGCUUAUCUGAAGAAUGAAAAGCUCUCUAUUGAUGAAAUUAAACUAACACCUCUUGAGCUUUCUGAACUGAUUGCAUUCAUAAAGAAUGGUACUAUCAGUGGGAAGAUUGGCAAGGAGAUUCUUGUUGAGCUCAUUACCAAAGGCGGAACUGUUAAGUCGGUGAUAGAGGAGAAAGAUUUGGUUCAGAUAGCAGAUCCAGCAGCAAUUGAGGCCAUGGUAGAUAAAGUACUCGCCGAGAAUCCGAAGCAACUUGAGCAGUAUCGGGCUGGGAAAACCAAGUUGCAGGGAUUUUUCGCUGGCCAGGUGAUGAAAGCAUCGAAAGGUAAAGCAAGUCCUGUUUUAUUGAACAAAAUCCUCGGGGAGAAGUUGAAGGGCAAUUAAAAUUGCCGAGGGGUGUUUCGGCACACAGAGAAUAUUUUGCCCUUGAUGAGUGAACCAUCAGAUUAACUAAAGUGAAACCCUGCAGCGGAACCGCAUUCUUUUGUAAAGACACUUGGAGUUUUUUUUUUGAGUUGUUGAUUGUUUUUUAGAUAGCUAACCACUUAUUCCAAGCGGUGACACUUGGAGUUUGAAGUGUUGAUUACAUUUCGCUCUCUUUUCACUAGAGAGUGGAUUUUCGAAAAGCAAUCCAGUUCACAUGAUACAAUGAAGGAUAUGCAUGGUAUGUGUUUGAGCUGAUAA